AUGGAAUUAUUGAUCAUUUUAUUGUUAUGCCCAAUUGCAUUUGGGCAAAAUCAUCAAAAGGUCAACGACCCGAACGAGGAGCCCUUUUUGCCAAUAUUUCCAAUAUAUCCUUACAAUCCAAAAUUAAUAAAAAGAGGAAUUGAAAAAGAAACUGAGACACAAUUGACAGCAGAAUUAUACGCUCCUAAAGUUGACGCAAAAGAUUCUUAUACGCCGAAUUACAAUAGUAAUUAUCAAAAGGAUCCUUAUUAUCCUAAUUACGAUCCUUAUCAGAAAACCUAUCCGUCCUCCACGACAUCUUAUUCUCCUUAUUACAAUAAUAAUCCUCAGGCAACAACAACUGCUUCGUAUUCGACUUUACCUUAUAACAUUUAUAAUACUUAUACAAAUCCUUAUACUACUUCUACGUCGCACACUUCAAUCCCAUCAACAGCUUACUCUACCUCGUCUUAUUCCACCACUGCUUAUCCAUCUCAUUAUUCAUCUAACUCAUAUACCGGAGCAUCAUACCAACCUCCGCCAUAUGUACCUGUUCCAAAUUAUUAUUACCAACAGCCUUAUUAUUAUCCCUCUUAUUAUGCACCGCCUCUUUUCCCACCCCCAUCACCGCCACUUCCACCUUUUCUACAUCCCGACUAUUCUAAAGAUUCGGAUGACAAGGAUAGUUACGAGAAUGAUUCGAAGAAAAGUGAAAAGAUUCAAAAGUCUAAAAAGGAUGAUAAAAGUCGAGAUACUUCUGGCGAUAAAUACACGAACGACGGAAACUAUAUCACCUCGAAUACGAACGAUCUUGACAGUCAAUCGAGCAGUUACAAAGUGGCCAAUUCGUACAAUCAAUUGGAACAAACGAACGAACCUCGGGAAAAAUCUUCUGGAUCUGGAACGUAUAAAAUUGUCAAUAUUAGAACACAACCGAGCGAUACUGAAUAUUCGAUAGCAGCGACAUACGCAAAAACUCAACAAUUGGAACAAUUAAUGAGACAAACUUUAGCAAAGUUCUUGGCCGAGAAUACAGCUCGACAAAUUAUUCGAUAUCCCACGUAUGAUAAUAAACAAAAUCAAUUGAUCAAGGCUAACGAGUUGUCUUAUGGGAAUUUAAAUAAUUACGAUAACAAUAACGCGCAGAAUUUUGUUCCUGUAAAUAAUGGGAUCGCGAAGACUGGCUUAAGUUAUGUCGUUAAUCCAAAUGCUCUUGAAAACUUUAAUUCUGGCUCAAUUGUCCCUCGUCAAGUCCUUGAAACAACACCAACCACUUUAACUACAAGUACUAAAUAUUUGAACGAUCAAUAUCUUCGUAAACCAAUAACGUUAGUAUCUUUACAACAAUCACAAGGGACGUAUAUACCACCUAACAAAUCCAUUAAAUCGUCAGUUUCAACUCAAUCGUCCAAUUACGAUGGUUACGAGAAUGAAAAUAUUCGAAUUAAUCAAAAUUACGAUAGUCCUUUGGACGAUACCGCAGGGAAGCAGGAGGAAGGAUAUAGACAAGAUCAAACGUCGUCAGAUUACAAAACUCAAAAUUUCGUUACUGUACAAACGCCACAAACAUACAGUUAUCAGUAUGCGAGUUAUCAUCCUCAACAAACGACUAAUCAUCAAGAAACUCAGGAAUACGACGAUAACACCAGCGACGUAGAAUUUGGAGCGAAGCAAAGUAAUAAAGGUUAAACAUCGUUUAGAAUUUAAUGAGGAUCUUUGAGAUUGGAGUUA